GGAGGAGAGAGGGAUGAGGCGGAGGGAAGAGGGUCACACAGGGAGGGUGCCGGAGAAAUCAGGUUUGGAGAGCCGUGUAAUAGAAAGUUCUGCUGCUGAGAGAGGGAAGACUUGGACUUUAUACACAACAUCAGCAGGAGGAAAACUCAAUGGAAGAGUCAAAAAAGGAACAGUGUUUGUGGCACCAGAUCAGUAGGGGGUAAGGGGGGCAAGAGACAAAAUAACAGGGACAGACAGGCCGACAGAGACAUACAAAGUAGUGGACAGAGACCAGCCACAGUCGCUGAGCAGCAGAGAUAGGACCAGAAUACACUUUCUCAAUAACUUCUGACAAACUUUUCAGAACUGUUUUCCCUCACUAAGAUGAACUGGCGCUGCCGGCAGGUAAAUAGUCAGUUAUUUGGUGCCAUCGAGUUUAUUUGGCCAGACAGGGAGGGUCACAGACAGGGUAACGAUGUUACAGGCAAACAAAAUGAUACAGUUGGACAGACGGCAUGACAUUGUUGGACUGACAAACAGACAAAGCGAUAGAGUUGGACCGACAAGGUGUUAGAGUUGCUAGUGACAACAGGUAAUAGAGCUGGACAGAGCGAGUUACAGCGUGACAGUCAGUCAAGGUGGCAGUUGGAUAGACAGUUUGGUUGAGAGACACUUGAUUGGAUAGACAGAGUGACUUUCUGACUGACAAGGGGCUUCACUGGUUACUUGGGAGCUCAAACUUUGAUUCUUGCUUAUGAUUCCUCAGACAAGUCACAUAUACCCCCCUGACUUAGAUAGUAAGCUCUAUGGGACAGGGACUGAUUCUGCCUAAACAACUGUGUGAUGUAAGAAAAACUUGGACAAUACAGAUUGCAAGGGAAUUAGGGGUGCCAGCAGUGGGGCCCACGGAUUAGACACACAAGAGAUUAGGAUUGGAGGACAUGGACUGACAUGACAGUGCCAGACAGACAGCAGACACUAAGAGAGGGACAGAUUAAGGCUUCUUAAGAGAGGAUGGUGGAGAGCAGUGUCAGCAGGAGGAGUAGGAGGAGGUGAGGAGUCAGGAGAACAAGCGGCACAUAACAUCCAGGGCUGCACAUCGACACAGAACCAUGAGGUUACUUCAGCUCUGCCGACUACCGAUCCUUGGGAUAGGACUUUUAAUCCUUAUGGCUAUUGGUUUUACCAUUCAGCUUCUGGGAACCCACUUCCAGAAACGGCCCCCUCAGACCUUCACGGUACUGCACCCGCUCUCCUCUCUCUCAACACGAACCUGUCAGCCAAAAUCUCACAUAGUGUUCCUGAAGACCCACAAGACUGCCGGAAGCACCAUACUGAAUAUGCUACAUCGCUAUGGGGACAGGAACUCACUAACGUUUGCUCUACCACAAAAGUAUCAGUUCAACUACCCCAACCUGUUCCAUGUUCGGAGGGUGAAAGGAUAUAAUGAAGUUAACAAAUCAACGUAUGAUAUCCUGUGCCACCACAUGCGCUUCAAUCUCCCAGAGGUCAGGAAGCUCAUGCCUACAGACUCCUUCUACUUCACAAUUCUACGUGAUCCAGCCACCUUGGCAGAGUCUUCUUUCUCUUAUUACCGCUUGGUUUCAUCUGCCUUUAAGAAAUCCCCCAACUUUAAAGCAUUUAUAGUUCACCCUUCUCACUACUACAAACCAGGAGAGAGAUCAAACCACUAUGCACACAACCUUCUGUGGUUCGACUUGGGAUUUAACCCUGACACUCCAUUUAAAGAAUCUUUGGCCAAGGCAGGAGCCAGGGCAGUAGAGGGAGCUUUUCACCUGGUCCUACUCUCAGAGUACUUUGAUGAAUCAAUGGUCCUUCUGAAGGAAGAACUGUGCUGGGAUCUUGAUGAUGUGGUGACCUUUAAACUUAACACUCGUGAGGCUUCCACACCACUGGAAAAAAGAGAGAUAGACAGAUUACGGGCCUGGAAUGCCCUAGACUGGUAUCUUUAUGUCUACUUCAACCAUACCUUCUGGGAGAAAGUAGAGAGAUUUGGGAGAGAGAGAAUGGACACUGAAGUUAGGAGGUUGAGAGAAAGAAGACACCAGCUAGCUGAGAUUUGUCUGGAAGGGUUGAAUCCUGUAAGAGCAGAUCAAAUCAAAGAAGAGGGCAUCAAACCAUUUCAGUUUGGGCAGGACAAAAUUUUGGGGUGGGCAGUAAAAAAAGAUCUCGAGCCCAAAACCCGGGCACGGUGUGUCCAAAUGGUAACUCCUGAGCUGCAAUACAAGGACAUUUUGGAUUUAAGGCAGUUUCCACAAGGUGUACGUGGGUCUGAGCCGGGCCCAGCAGAGACAUCAGGAAAGCUUCUAAAGUCUUAGAAGAUUCCUAAAUUAAAAAUGAAAUUGCAAUGGCGGUGGGUUUUAGACCCAUCAGACUAAUACAAGGAUGCUAUCAUUCCAGACUACUUUCCUUCAAGCUGCAUUCCUUCCACAUGAAUGUGAUCAAUCUUUAGUAAAGUGGGGACUGUGGGCAAGAAAGGCUUGAUCACCUUACCCAAAGGAAUGGAACUGUCCUCAGAUGAGAUUAUCAAUUACCUGUGGAACAUACCAGUGCUGGUUUGAGGGGGGAAUCAGCCAUUACCCUAACAAGCUUACAACCAUCAUAGGGUAUUUAGUUAGAGCCAGCUCUUAGAGACCGAGGCUUUCCUGAAUGGCUUAUUUCAAAGAUUACUUUUUUUUCUAUUUUUAGGAAAUGUAUUUUGUAAUGAACUUGUAUAUUUAUAGAGAUUUGUUUUAUACUAGUGUGAAGUAAACCACACUCCUUUCAAUUA